ACAACUCCGUCUCAAUCCGAUCUUGGGACUGCGGCCGGGCACCUGCUGGAGGUCGCUUGGUUUCGCCAAGAAGUGAUAGCACUCGUUCUCAUCACGCUGCGGUCGAUGAGGUUGAAUUCUAGUCAAGAUGGAGGAUGAGUUACGGCAGUCGGCAUCGCGGGCUCGGCCUUGGGCAUGUCUAUAUAAUGGGCUUGACCUGCCCUCACCCACCCAUAUUCCCUCACUCAGCAUCACUCACCGUCCAGGAGACAAGCCAGCCACAAACAAACCUUCAACUUCUCUUCUUUCUCCUGCAGGACAGGUUUUGAUACUACACCUUAACUCAAUAAUCACCUUACAAACACAAAAUGGCUUCAACCAAGACCCUUCUGACUCUCGCCUUCCUGGCCACAGCCCAACUUGUGGCGGGCCAUGGCGCCAUCAUCGCAGCUGUUGGUGACGCUGGAGGCACCGGCAUGGGCCUCGGCGUCGACACCAGCACCCCGCGCGACGGCACCCGCCGCCGGCCUUUCCAACAGGACGCUACCCGCUUCCGGGGCGACUCAGCCGACACCCUGGGCGAGACCCUCGGCAACGGUGACAACAGUCUCGAGUCCGGCACUUCAGCUAUCAUGGCCGAGACGGGCGACUCGCUGCCGAUGGUCACAGCUGGCGGCGAACUGCAAAUGACGCUGCACCAGGUGAACAGUGACGGCGCAGGCCCAUAUACUUGCAUGAUCAAUGCCGAUGGCACGGCACAAACUUGGAACAACAUCCAGGUCACCCAGAACGUCCCAGGCCGCCGAUCCCGCAACCGCGACGGCGAGGCAACCGACUUCCCCCUAAUCGCCGCCAUCCCCGCCACCCAGACCUGCAGCGGCACCGUCGCGGGCCAGGAGGACGUCUGCCUGGUCCGCUGCGAGAACGGCGCCCGCGCAGGCCCCUUUGGUGGCGUCGUUCCCGUGCAGAUGGUCGACGCCGGCGCCGGAGCGGGCGCCGCGGCUGGGAACGGGACCGCCGAUGCCGGUGCUGAUGCCGGCACCGGCACCGGCAAUGGGAACACGGGCAACAACAACGCGGCGACCCGGGCCAAGAAUGCGCGCCGCGCGCUGGCCAGGCGCGUCCGUGAGUCUGAGGCCAAGCUCGCGCGCCUGCAGAACAGGGCUGUUGCGCUGGCUCAGGACCUUGGUGAUCCGGAUGUGCUGGCCGAGGUGCUGGAGGACUGCGAGUGAGUGAGUGAGUGAGUGGGGAGAUCGAGCUGGAGGAAAGAAUAGCACCAGGUGCGAGGGAGGGGGUUUGAUCCAUUGAAGGGGGGGGGGU